AUGGGCGGGGGUCGCUGCUACUCGAAUGUGCCUUCGUCACUCUUUGGAGAUCCGAUGACGGGGUGCAACUACGUGCAGUCGGCUACCGAGGACAAGUAUUACACAUUUGCGAACGCCACGUUCACUUACAACAACACAGUUGUUACCGCUGAGGUUCUUACUUACACUGGAACAUAUCCGCCGGACGACAGUUACUCGACUACCACAACGAUUUUCGACCGUGACCGUGACUACACGGACAUGUACGCUCCUAUCGCAGCAAGAGAAGGUGUUACCUUGGUUUACAGAGCGUCCGAUGUCACAAGCUCUACGACAGGCAGUGGCGCGGCUGGUCCCACGGAGACAGGCUCGAGCAGUGCCGCUGGCUUGAGAGUCACAACCUCUGGCGGAAGAGCGGGAAUGUCUGCCGCUGCUUGGACAUUCGCCGCCAUUGUGGGUGUAAUGUUAGGCAUGCCUUUUUGA